AUGAAUACUUAUUACAGUGUUUUUCUUUUCAUAUACGCUUUCCUUGGAAUAAAUUACUAUAAUGCAGCAAUUACACCAGCAACUCAAUGUAAAAAUGGAUUUUUGGCUCAAAUGAGUAACCAUUUAGAAUGCCGAUGUAAUAACAACUUUGUGCAUGUGUCUAAUGAUACAUGUGAAACUAAAGUUGAAUGCUCUAAGGCUACAGUUAAUAAGCCAUGUGGUGAAUUUUCAAAAUGUACUAUGCAUGAGGACGAAGGUGUAGAGACAUACACAUGUGACUGUCUAGACACAUAUAUUAAGAAAAAUGAUGUAUGUGUUCCAGAAACAUGCCAAAAUAUUGAUUGUGGUAAUGGUAAAUGUAUAAUAAAUGAGGAUGCCGUGAAUGAUCCCCCAACAUGUUCUUGUAAUAUAGGAUAUGUUGUAAAUGUUGAUGAUGGAAGCAAAUGUACAAAAGAAGGAGAUACCUUAUGUUCAUUAGUUUGUAAUAAAGAAGAACAAAUAUGCAAAAAAGUAGAUAGCUACUAUAGGUGUGACUGUAAAGAUGGUUUUAAACUUAGCGUUGAAGAAGAAAAAUGUAUCUCACAUUCAAUAUAUAGCAUGUUCAAUCUAAGCAUUAUAUUUGCCAUUUUACUAUUAUUCUCAAAUAUCAUUUAA